CGGGGCGAGAGCCGCUGGUCAGGUGGCUCCGGCUGCUUGCCUGGCUGACGUGGACGCCAACAGGAACCCGCCCUAUAUGAGACGCGGGCGGGCGCGCCGAGUGCGGCGGAGCGAGGAGCCGAGCGCCUGCAAGGGUGGAGGAGGUCGGACGGGGCGGGCGGCGACGAGCCGGGCUCUGCUGCUGCUGCGCGUCCCCUCGACGUUUCCCCUCCUCCUCCCCGCUUGCUCCCUCUUGGCACGCCCCGAAGAGGAAAACGCGCCCGCGAGAGAGAGCGUCCUGAGGGCGAUGGCUGCCGAAAUGGACCCCAACAGCGAGCAAGGUCUGCUGAAAAAUGAAGUAAUUCCUGAAGUUGGAGAAGAUGCUGCUGCUUCAGUUAAUGUUGCAGAAGCUUUGUCAGAAGAAGAACAGGAAGAACUUAGAAGAGAGCUUGCUAAGGUGGAAGAAGAAAUCCAGACUUUGUCACAGGUACUAGCUGCUAAAGAGAAGCAUCUAGCAGAAAUAAAGAGAAAACUGGGGAUCAGUUCACUGCAGGAGCUGAGGCAGAACCUUUCCAAAGGGUGGCAAGAUGUCACAGCAACAAAUGCGUAUAAGAAGACAUCAGAAACACUGUCUCAAGCUGGGCAGAAAGCUUCUGCUGCAUUCUCAACAGUUGGUUCUGCAAUAACGAAGAAGUUGGAAGAUGUGAAAGUGCACGCAUUUACACAUUCCUUUAGUAUACGUUGUCUACAACAUUCAAUUAGCAUGCCUGCUAUGAGAAAUUCCCCAACAUUCAAGUCCUUUGAAGAAAAAGUGGAAAACUUAAAGUAUAAGGUUGGGGGAACCAAGCCUGCUGGGGGUGACUUUGGAGAGGUCUUGAACUCUGCUGCCAAUGCCAGUGCCACAGAAGCUACUACAAAGCAGACAGAAGAGGAGACUCAAUGAUUGUCCUGCCUUCCUUGUGCUACCCACUGCCAGAUGCUGCAAGCAAAUGCUGAAGCACAACACCUCUGCUGUAGACUCUUCCAGGAUGUCCUUCUGUUUAGCACUUAGCUUUAUAGCUGUUCAAUGUAAAUCGUUUCUAUAGGUUCAGAGUAUUUUUGAAACUGUAAAAUACACUCUUGCCUAUGUUAUCUGUGGGAUGGGGAAUUUUUAUGCAUUUUGAGUAUUUAAAAAGAUUUAUUUCUGGUCCAAAGAAAUCAUUAAGGUUUUACAAAAGGUUUAGAAAUGGGAGACUCAUCACUGUAUAUGAUGGAUGCUGGGACGAAUAGCAGUUGCUUCAUGCCAUGUCUCUUCAUACUUAAUUCACUGCCAAAACCUUUGAAAACUUCAUUGUUGUUUUAAGUGUGUACCUUUAAUUGGUUCUGUUGCAAGAGGUUCCACAGGCAGAAUAAGUUUGCUUUGAUAUUGCAAUGUUAAGUUAUCAGUGUAUGUGUUGUGGUCUUGGUAAGUGGACACUGAAAGUAGGGUGAUUCCAACAAACAUUCACAAUUUUUAUGGUUUCCCUAAAAAAAUAAAAAUCCUGAUAGUAAACUUCUCUGAACAGUUCCAACUAGCAGAGAUGAUGUUUUCUCCUGGGUAUUAGAAGUUGACUUCCAAAAUGUAAAAUGAGGCAGGCUGUUAACAUAAAUUACAUAGGCUGAAAGCCUAUUGCAAAGGGAGUGGUUUAGAGGCACCAUACUUAUAAAAAUAAAAUGGUUGCUCCCUUCCGCUUGCUAGUUGAUGAAAAGGAACAUUCGACUAAAAGUCCAUGUUAUUUCUGCUGCUUAUAACACUCCCCCCCUCUCAAUCAAUCAAUAAAAUAAGUGUAUGGUACCAACA